AUGGUGGUUCUAGAAUGGCGCAUAAAGCUUUGUGCUGACUAUCCUAGUCGGGUAAAGAAAACAAUUCUUAUCGAUCUUUUUCUAACGCUGCCCAUGUAUACGAAGAUAGACUUCCACUUCUCCAAAGCUUAUUUUCACUGGUCCUUGUUGAUUCAGGAUGCGCCACUUCCAGAGAUUCUCUUGUCGGGGGAUUCCAGGAAGGUGAUGGAAUUGUUCAUACGUGAAGAACCCGGUGAGGGUUGUGAGAUCUAUCUCAAAAACCUGGAAGAUCCAGCUACGGUCCACGCCAUUGCAAGCAGUGGCGGAAUGGAAAAUUUUUGUGUAGUGCUACAGUAUUGA